AUGGAAGACCACACAUCCCUCCUACCCACCGACCUCUGUCUCCUCACAAUUCGUUUCUCCGCCUCAAUACCAGACGUCCUCCUCGAAAUCCCUGAACCAGCCCGCCUGACAGCCGCAGGCCUCAAACAACUUAUCCGCCAACGUCUCCCUCAGCACCUCUCAACUCACCGCCUCCGCCUCAUCUAUGCUGGCAAAGCACUGGAAGAUUCCUCCUCCCUCGCCUCCGCCCUAAACAUCGCCUCACAACCUACAAGAGAUAAAUCGCCUGCCCCUCCACGAGAUGCAGACUACCUGAAUGAUAAAGACAAAUGCAAUGGUAAAGGUAAAGCUCCUGUCCGCGAACCGCCAACACCACCGUUCCGGACAUACAUACACUGCUCAGUCGGCGAUAUUAUUCUGUCCGCGGCAGAGUUGGAGGCCGAAGCGCGGCUGACGCAGGUAAUUCGUGAAUCACACGGGCAUGGGGGAGGAGAGGGAGAAAAGAAAUCAGGGCUGGCGGAAGUAGAUGUUUCUCUCCUCGGACCUCCAAAUUCCCUUUCGCCAUUAUCAUCGUCUACCUCCGCGGCCCCUACUUUACCUGGUGCCCUUUCCGCUGCACAUGGCCAGAGCAGCGGUAAUACCAGCCAGCAACCUCUCACCGCCGGACCUAGGGGUUUCGACCGCUUGCUGGAAGCUGGAUUCACGCCUGCAGAAGUCUCUGCGCUCCGGUCGCAGUUUCUCGCCUUGCAGUCCCUGUCGCAUACUCCAGAUACAAUGCCAUCUGGUGCGGAGCUGCGGCGACUGGAGGAUAUAUGGAUGGAUGAGGGGGGUCCUGCGGGGGGUUCUGAAACGUUAGGUGGGGGUGGAGGGCCCGGUGCUGGUGGUGGAAUUUCGAAUGACGUGGUUGGGGGGAGUUCGGGGGCGUUGGAUGAUAUGUUAUGGGGCUCUGUGAUGGGGUUCUUUUGGCCUGUGGGUUGUGGGUUGUGGUUGUUGAGGGAACAGGGAGUUUGGAGUUGGAGGAAGGGGUUGGCCGUGUUCGUUGGGGUUGUUGUAAAUCUUGGGUUUGGGGUUGUGAGGAUUUUAAAUUAA